UGGGGUGGGGGGCGGGCCGGAGGGAGGGCUGACCGGCGUGUCCUGCGUCUGUCCCUCAGGCUGGGAGCCCGUGCAGCCGCGCCCCGGCCGCGGGCGAUGAUCACCUAAAAGGCUGGCGCGGCGGGCGGCGGAGCAGAGAUGGAGCGCGAGGCGGCGGCGGCCCCGGAGCCCGGGCCCCGCGGGCGGCGGCGGCGGCGGCGGAGGCGGCGGGAGGGCCGCACGCGCACGGUGCGCUCCAACCUGCAGCCGCCGCCCGGCGCGGAGGAGCCCCGGGCGGGCGCGGGCAAGGGCGCGCUGCGGCGGCGCUGCGGAUGCCCCCCGUACGUGGCCGACAACCGGCUCAAGACCACCAAGUACACGCUGCUGUCCUUCCUGCCCAAGAACUUGUUCGAGCAGUUCCACCGCCUGGCCAACGUGUACUUCGUCUUCAUCGCGCUGCUCAACUUCGUGCCGGCGGUGAACGCCUUCCAGCCCGGCCUGGCGCUGGCGCCCGUGCUCUUCAUCCUGGCGGUCACGGCCUUCAAGGACCUGUGGGAGGACUACAGCCGCCACCGCUCGGACCACGAGAUCAACCACCUGGGCUGCCUGGUCUUCAGCAGGGAAGAGAAGCAGUAUGUGAACCGAUUCUGGAAGGAGAUCCAUGUGGGAGACUUUGUACGUCUGCAUUGUAACGAGAUCAUCCCCGCGGACAUUCUGCUGCUCUCCUCCAGUGACCCCGACGGGCUGUGCCACAUCGAGACGGCCAACCUGGAUGGGGAGACCAACCUGAAGCGGCGGCAGGUGGUUCGAGGCUUCUCUGAGCUCGUCUCUGAAUUCAAUCCAUUGACAUUUACCAGUGUGAUCGAGUGUGAGAAGCCAAACAAUGACCUGACUCGAUUUCACGGUUGCAUCAUACAUGACAAUGGAAAGAAGUCUGGGCUGUGUAAGGAAAACCUGCUGCUUCGAGGCUGCACCAUCAGAAACACGGAAGCUGUCGUGGGCAUCGUCAUCUAUGCGGGACACGAGACCAAGGCUCUGCUGAACAACAGUGGCCCCCGCUACAAGCGCAGCCAGCUGGAGAGGCAGAUGAACUGUGAUGUGCUCUGGUGUGUCCUCCUCCUCAUUUGUAUGUCUCUGUUUUCAGCGGUCGGACAUGGACUGUGGGUCCAGCGGUAUGCAGAGAAGAAAGCCUUAUUUGAAGUCCCAGAAGCUGAUGGCAGCUCCUUGCCCCCAGUCACAGCUGCAGUGUAUUCGUUUUUGACAAUGAUCAUAGUUUUGCAGGUUUUGAUCCCAAUUUCCUUAUACGUUUCCAUUGAAAUCGUCAAAGUAUGCCAAGUGUACUUCAUUAACCAGGACAUAGAACUGUAUGAUGAAGAAACAGACUCGCAGCUGCAGUGUCGAGCCCUGAACAUCACAGAAGACCUGGGGCAAAUACAGUAUAUUUUCUCAGAUAAAACAGGCACCUUAACGGAGAAUAAGAUGGUGUUCCGAAGAUGCAUUGUGUCUGGUGUCGAAUAUUCACAUGAUGCAAACGCCCUGCGUCUGGCUCGGUACCAGGAGGCAGAAGAGGAGGAGGAAGAGUCUGUACCCAGGGGAGGCUCAUUGCCCCAUCGAUACAGCAUGGGGAGCUACCAGGGUAUACGAAUUCUGAACCGGAGCCACAGCACCAAGUCCCACCGACGCUCCAGCAGCCGGGCUGAGGCCAAGCGCAUGAGCACUCUGUCCGAGCACACAGCCUUCAGUAGCCCCAUGGAGAAGAACAUCACACCCGAUCCAAAGCUGCUGCAGAAGGUGAUCGAGUGUGACAGGUGCCUGGCCAAGGCUCGUCACCACGAGCACCCGCUGGCUCACCUCUCGCCGGAGCAGUUGGACAUUUUCGACUUCUUCAUUGCCCUCACUGUCUGCAACACAGUGGUGGUCACGUCCCCGGAUCAGCCCCGCCAGAAGGUGAGGGUGAGAUUUGAGAUGAAGUCUCCGGUCAAGACGAUAGAAGAAUUCCUUCGGAGAUUCACGCCCAGCCGCCUGACCUCAGGCUGCACCAGCAUCGGGAACCUGGCCCCCAACAAGUCAGCCAACAAGUCGGGGUCCACCUUCCUGCCGGCCCUGACCAACGACAGCACGCUGUUCAGGCUGGACGAGCCGCUGGGCCGGUCCCCCUUGGCCAUCAACAGCAAUGGCUAUAGCAACGGGGCGCCCGACAGGUGGGUCCCUGAGAAUCCGGGCCUGGAGCGCGAGCCGGAGCCCCAAGCCGAGCCAGAGCCGGAGCCCGAGCCCGAGCCGGAGCCCGAGCCCGAGCCGGAGCCCGAGCCAGAGCCCCAAGCUGAGCCCGAGCCUGAGCCCAGGCCCCAGCGGGAGAGCGAGCGGGAGCUGCGCUAUGAGGCCGAGAGCCCGGACGAGGCAGCCCUGGUGUACGCGGCCCGCGCCUACAGGUGCACGCUGGUGGACCGGCUGCCGGACCAGGUGUCUGUAGAGCUGCCCCAGCUGGGCACACUCACCUUCGAGGUCCUGCACACGCUGGGUUUCGACUCCAUCCGCAAGAGGAUGUCGGUGGUCAUCCGGCACCCGCUCACCGACGACAUCUGUGUCUACACCAAGGGCGCUGACUCCAUGGUCAUGGACCUGCUGCUGCCCUGCUCUUCAGAUGACCCCAGAGGCAGGCAUCAUAAAAAGAUCCGAAGGAAAACUCAGCAUUACCUCAACCAUUAUGCAGUGGAAGGCCUGCGGACCCUGUGCAUCGCUAAGAGGGUUCUAAGUAAGGAAGAGUAUGCCGGCUGGCUGCAGGGCCACUUAGAAGCGGAAUCAUCUCUGGAGAACCGAGAGGAGUUGCUCUUCCAGUCUGCCACCCGCCUGGAGACCAACCUGCAUCUACUGGGUGCCACUGGGAUUGAAGAUCGCCUGCAGGAUGGAGUCCCUGAAACCAUCGCCAAGUUGCAUCAGGCAGGUCUGCAGAUUUGGGUUCUCACAGGUGACAAACAGGAAACCGCCAUUAACAUUGCAUACGCCUGUAAGCUGCUGGACCAUGAUGAGGAAGUCAUCACCCUGAAUGCAGAAUCCCAGGAGGCCUGUGCAGCCCUGCUGGACCAAACCAUCAACUAUGUGCAGUCAAAGAACCCUAGCAGUUCUCUCGAAAGGACCGAGACCAGCCUGAGCGUGGCUUUCUCCUCUCUCUGUUCCCCCUUGGCAUCCUCUACCUCCCACCCCAGUCCCAGCCUCGUUAUUGAUGGGAGAAGUCUGGCUUUUGCCCUGGAGAAGACCCUGGAGGACAAGUUUCUCUUCCUCGCCAAGCAGUGCCGGUCAGUCCUGUGCUGCCGCUCCACCCCCCUGCAGAAGAGCAUGGUGGUGAAGCUGAUCAGAAGCAAGCUCAAUGCCAUGACCCUAGCCAUAGGAGACGGAGCCAAUGAUGUCAGCAUGAUCCAGGUGGCAGACGUGGGUGUGGGAAUCUCGGGCCAGGAGGGCAUGCAGGCAGUGAUGGCCAGUGACUUUGCGGUACCGAGAUUCCGCUACCUCGAGAGGCUCCUGAUCGUGCACGGACACUGGUGCUAUUCCCGACUCGCCAACAUGGUGCUCUACUUCUUCUACAAAAACACAAUGUUCGUGUGCCUCCUGUUUUGGUUCCAGUUUUACUGUGGCUUCUCUGCGUCCACCAUGAUUGACCAAUGGUAUCUGAUCUUCUUUAACCUGCUCUUCUCAUCACUUCCCCAGCUCGUGACUGGGGUGCUGGACAAGGAUGUGCCGGCCCAAGUAUUGCUGAACAAGCCACAGCUCUACAAGAGUGGCCAGAACAGGGAGGAAUAUCAACCACUCACCUUCUGGUUAAACAUGGUGGAUGCUGCUUUUCAGAGCCUGGUUUGCUUUUUCAUUCCAUACCUGGCCUACUACGACUCAGACACAGACGUCUUUACCUGGGGAACCCCGAUCACUGCCAUCGCACUCUUCACUUUCAUGCUGCACCUGGGUAUUGAAACCAAGACCUGGACCUGGCUCAACUGGACAGCUUCUGGCUUCAGUGUCCUUUUAUUUUUCACUGUGGCUCUGAUUUACAAUUCCUCCUGUGCAACGUGUUAUCCUCCAUCCAACCCUCACUGGAGUAUGCAGACACUGCUAGGAGACCCUUUGUUUUACUUGACUUGUUUCUUAGCGCCUGUCACAGCAUUGCUACCCAGACUGUUUUGUAAAGCACUACAGGGGAGCCUUUGCCCCAAUGACCUUCAGAAGGGGCGUCAGUUGGCCAAGUCUAUCACUGCCAUUGACACAUUUGUUCAGGAAGAACUGAGAACUGAGUCCUCAGAACAGAAGAAGAGAAGCACAUCGGCCUGCCCCUUUCAGGACAGCAUUGCACAGCCAGCCUGCCCCACCAAGGCCAGCGAGGAGCCUCAUGCCAUGGCCCUGAAUGUACCACUGAAGGAGGACACCCUGGUGGAGGGGCUGGGCAGACAGGCUCCAGGGUCCUCCAUGCCAGAAGAGGAGGAGGCUGUUCUGGAAGAGCAUCCAGGGAACUCCAAGAGGAAGCCUGUGAACACUGGGGGGACGGCCCCCCUGUCGUCCAUCUUCAAUCUGCCCAACUUCAGCUCCCUUAACUGGAUCUCCUCCCUUUCGCUAGUCAGUGGGCUGGGAAGUGUCUUACAGUUCUCCCGAAGUAGUUUACAGAUGGAAAAACAGGACAGUGACUUCCUCCCCAGCACCCCUCAGCCAGACCAGGAACUGCAGGCCACCGACUACUUCUAGAAGCAUCUUGCAGAAAUGACGGCGGACGGCAACAGCAGUGAUGAAAAUCUUGAAAUGCCGUAUAUAUACAUAUAUACAUGUAUGUAUAUAUGUAUAUAUAUUGCAUAGAUGUUAAUAUUAUUUAUGUUUCUGAUUUGCACAGAAGUGUUCUAGUGAGAUGUAUUUUAUAUGUUUCCAAGGAUAACAUAGGAAACAAAAGGUACCAAAAAAAAAAAAGGAAAGUAUAUUUUUUGAAAAUUCUAAGCAGAGUCUAUUGAAAAGAAAAAAACAGAAAGAAAUGAGCUUUAACGUCUAUAAAAGUUUAAAGAAAAGCAACACUUAAAUAAAUUUGUUUAGAUUUAUUUUUUCAUCUCAUAAGAAAAUACAGUUUUGGUUUUCUUCAA